AACAGAGCUUCUGCAUGAUCUGGUCCAGCAUGUGUCUAAUGUGGAUGUGGAGGAUGCCAUGGGACAAACUGCGUUACAUGUAGCGUGUCAGAAUGGACACAAAACACCAUGGACAGAGGGACACUGCACAAAUCCUGCUCUCUCGUGGUGCCAAAUACCUUGCUGACAAAAAUGGAAUCACUCCAUUGGAUCUCUGUGUGCAGGGUGGAUAUGGGGAGACCUGUGAGAUCCUCAUCCAGCACCAUGCUAGAUUGUUCCAGAUGCUAAUCCAGAUGACACAGAAUGAGGACGUAAAAGAGAAUAUGCUCAGGCAGGUUUUGGAGCAUGUGUCUCAGCAGAGUGACAGUCACUAUCAGAAGGUUUUGACCAGUCUUGCAGAAGUGGCGACCACUAAUGGACACAAACUUCUCAGUCUGUCCAGUAGUUAUGACGCUCAGAUGAAAAGUCUUCUGAGAAUUGUUCGUAUUUUCUGCCACGUGUUCCGCCUCGGCCCUUCUUCUCCCAACAAUGGCAACGAUAUGGGCUACAAUGGGAACAAAACGCCUCGGAGCCAGGUCUUUAAGCCAUUGGAGCUGCUAUGGCAUUCUCUUGAUGAGUGGCUGAUGCUCAUCUCUACAGAGCUGGAAAGAUCCACGAAGAACCCAUCUUCAUCCUCUUCCAGCAGUGAGAUAGCGUCCCUCCUGCUCAAGCAGCGGAAGUCAGACCCCUCCAGCAACACACCCACGCUCUCCUUGCUUGAGGGAGAAGCGUAUGUUGACGGGGAGGAUGUGAUCUCCAUGACAGCCAACCGGCUCAGUGCGGUUAUUCAGGCCUUCUACAUGAGCUGCUCCUGUCAAAUGCCACAGGGAAUGACCUCCCCCCGCUUUAUAGAGUUUGUCUGCAAGCAUGACGAGGUGCUGAAAUGUUUUGUAACCAGGAAUCCAAAGAUCAUCUUUAACCAUUUCCAUUUUCUGCUUGAGUGUCCAGAGUUGAUGUCACGUUUUAUGCACAUUAUUAAGAACCAGCCUUUUAAGGAUCGCUGUGAGUGGUUCUACGAGCAUCUGCUGGCUGGCCAGCCAGACUCAGACAUGGUCCAUCGUCCUGUUAAUGAGAGCGAUAUCCUUCUCAUCCACAGAGACUCCAUAUUCAGGAGCAGCUGUGAGAUGGUUUCCAAGUCCACUAAUGAGAAGCUCAAACAGGGUAUAGCUGUCCGCUUUCAUGGUGAGGAAGGCAUGGGCCAGGGUGUGGUUCGGGAGUGGUUUGAUAUCCUGUCUAAUGAAAUCAUCAAUCCUGACUACGCUCUGUUCACCCAGUCAGCUGAUGGUACAACCUUCCAGCCCAACAGCAACUCCUCGGUGAAUCCAGACCAUCUGAACUACUUCCAGUUUGCGGGUCAGAUUUUGGGUCUGGCUCUCUACCACCGGCAGCUGGUCAACAUCUACUUCACUCGAUCCUUCUACAAACACAUACUGGGUAUUCCAGUGAGUUAUCAGGAUGUGUCGUCUAUCGAUCCAGAGUAUGCUAAAAACCUGCAGUGGAUCUUGGAUAAUGACAUCAGUGACCUGGGUCUGGAGCUGACCUUUUCUGUGGAGACAGAUGUGUUUGGAGCCAUGGAGGAAGUGCCACUAAAACCUGGAGGGAGCAGCAUCCUGGUCACUCAAGACAACAAGGCGGAGUACGUCCAGCUGGUGACGGAGCUGAGGAUGACACGAGCCAUCCAGCCUCAGAUAAACGCCUUCUUGCAAGGAUUCCACACCUUCAUCCCCCCGUCGCUCAUCCAGCUUUUUGACGAAUAUGAAUUGGAGCUCCUGCUCUCAGGGAUGCCAGAGAUAGAUGUGGAGGAUUGGUGCCGAAACACUGAGUACACCAGCGGUUAUGACCCUGAAGAUCCUGUGAUCCAGUGGUUUUGGAAGGUGGUGAGGAGGCUCACCCAGGAGGAACGUGUCCUAUUGCUGCAGUUUGUCACUGGAAGUUCUAGGGUUCCUCAUGGUGGCUUUGCCUUUCUGAUGGGUGGCAGUGGUUUGCAGAAGUUCACCAUUGCUGCAGUGCCAUAUACCUCCAACUUGCUGCCUACUUCCAGCACCUGCAUCAACAUGCUGAAACUGCCAGAAUAUCCAAACCAGGAGGUUCUCCGAGACCGACUGCUGGUAGCUCUGCACUGCGGGAGCUAUGGAUACACCAUGGCCUGAACAUGCUGCUGUCAGGGCCUGCAGUUCUGCACAGUUGCUAAUCUCUAACUGAAAUAGAGGUUGUUGUUGUUGUCA